AUGUAUAUGACUUCACAAGUGGAACAUGCCACUGCUGUUUUUUGUCAAGGUCGUAUGAAUCAGUUGGGAGGGGUGUUCAUCAACGGACGUCCGUUGCCGAACCAUAUUAGGCUGAAGAUCGUGGAAAUGGCAGCAGCAGGCGUUCGGCCCUGUGUUAUCUCAAGACAGCUGCGCGUCUCUCACGGAUGCGUAUCCAAGAUACUCAACAGAUAUCAAGAAACUGGCUCCAUUCGUCCCGGUGUGAUUGGAGGCUCGAAGCCGAGAGUUGCGACACCGGAAGUUGAAAACAGGAUAGAAGAGCUGAAGAGACAAAACCCAGGUAUAUUUUCCUGGGAAAUUAGAGAUAAACUAAUUAAAGAAGGCAUUUGUGAUAAAAACACUGCACCUUCAGUCAGUUCGAUUUCGAGACUAAUAAGAGGAGGCAAAAGGGACGAAUCAGAUCCUAGAAGAAAUCACAGCAUUGAUGGUAUUCUAGGUCCAUCAUCUUGUGAAGACUCAGAUACCGAGUCGGAGCCAGGCAUCACAUUGAAGAGGAAACAGCGUCGUUCCAGGACUACCUUUUCUGGAGAUCAACUUGAAGCUUUAGAACGCGCUUUUACAAGAACUCAGUACCCCGAUGUCUACACUAGGGAGGAACUUGCGCAGAAAACCAAACUCACCGAAGCAAGGGUUCAGGUAUGGUUUUCUAACAGAAGAGCUCGUCUCCGCAAGCAACUUAAUUCACAACAGCUGAGUGCUUUUAACACCAUGUCCUUACAAUCUGCUUUCCCAUCCGUUCACCAACAAUAUGAGCCCCCAUCUACUUUCAAUGCACAAUGUGCUUCCUGGCAACAAUCUUAUUCCUCAGCUUUAGGUACUAGUUCAGUUUUAAACUCAGCUCUUGCGCCUUCUCUACACCAAUCACCGUUAACUGCGCCCUCUGUCUGUCAGUCAGCACUUGCUGCGUCUUCUCUUCAUCCACCGACAUCAUCAUCCUUCUCCUCUGGUAACUUAACUCCUCUAUCACAUUCAUCGGAACUCGCAACCCCUCUGCAAGCUCCCUCUGAUGCUACACCUCCCAGCUCAAGUCCGACAUCGACUAGUCCAUCGGCGAAUCAGACAAGUGCUAUUACAUACCAGCAUUCUACUUAUGCGAAUCCUAGUGAGCCAGUCUCACAUCCAUAUGGCUACGGGGAUUAUUCAAAGCCGGAGCACGCAAUGUCAGCCCAUAACCACUGGACAUCAAGGCAACUCAGUGGACACGCGCAAAACAAACUGGCAGAAGUUGGUGCUUGGCCUGAAAAUUAUAGUUCAUUUUUCGGAACGAAUCCGUCUCAUUACGCCUCGCAUGCCCAUUCGCCUACUGAGGCCAAGUCAGGCUAUCCCUACUUAGGCCAACUCGGAGGAAUGGAUAUGGGCAGAGUACACUAG